AUGGGGAGCCUGGCGAACGGCGAGGCGGUCUCCAGCGACGAUGCGCGGAUGGAGGAGCGUGCGGACGCGUGGUCCAACCUAGAGAUGUCCAACUUCGACACGCGCGCGAUGGGCGCCGCUACGGCUGCCUACCAGGCGGAUAUGGCGUCCAAGCACUGCAUGGCGCUGGCUGUGUGGGUGCAGCACUUGUGGGGGCAGGUCCACCUCCUACAGGGCAAGGUGACCGAGCUAGAGGACUGGAAGCGCAGGGCGCUUGACGAGGUGCGCAGGCUGCGGGACGACCAGAAGGAGCUCAAGCUGAGGGUCACUGAUGCCGCGCAAGAGGGCGGCGUGCUGCCGAGGAGGGCAGACACGGUGCCGGCUCAUGGCAUCCCGAACCCGGGGCCGCCUCCCGGCUUGAGCACCCCGCCUGGACUGCGGGAGGAGACCGUCGACAGCGGUGCAUUCGGCAAUCCGAGCGAGCUCACCAGCGGCUGCACCAGCAGCUCCGUGACCACGGAGACCGACGGCAUGAUCGAGGGCAUUCAGGUGACGGAGGGCGAGGUGGAGGGCAAGCCGUGCGAAAUUGCGGAGUGGCGCAUCGGCCACCUCUCCUCGAAGCUGAAUGGAUGCAUGGGCAAGGCCCUCGUGUCGCCUCCGUUCACGGCCGCUGGGCACGAGGACGUGCGGCUAAUGGUGUUCCCUGAGGGCAAGGAUGCGGCCAGGGGGCUCCGGAGCAAGCGGCAAAAGGAACUGUACGCAAAGAAAGUCUCGGAGGGGCCCUUGGAUGGCUGCCUGAAGAUGAAGUUCGUGCCGGAAGAGGGCAGCCUGGUGCUUGAGUACUACCUCAGCGUGGGCAGCGAGAGGCGCGGCCCGUUCAAGCACGACUUCGGGGAGCAGAACAUCAACGGCUGCUACGAUUUUGGUGUGGACUGGCUGAAGCAGUUGGACCAGGACCAAAGCUUGACAGUGCGGGCGCAGAUACUGAAGGCCUGA